UGAUUUUCUCAGUCGAACGAUUAAGCAGAAAACGAGGGAAAAUCUCCGAGGAAUUUCUUGUAGAAUCAAUCAUGGCUCUUCGUAUUCAAGAACCUACUGAUUUGCAGAUUCCGGACGAGCAAGCCAAUGAAGAUCUCUCUGACCCCGCCAGCAUCUUCUCGAUGCUCCAUCUUAAUAACACAUGUCCUUCACCCUCCUCCGCCGUCGCCUCUGGUGGAUGCGGCCACCUAAUCCACCAUCCGCCGUGCAUUUCUUGCGGCUGUCAGGGCUUCAAUCCCAUGAAGCGUCGAUCACCGGAGUCCGAAUGGGAAUCCUCGCGCGCCAAGAAGCCUUCUUGCGAGCAAGAAGACCAGACGCAGCCCCCUGGGUACUCGGCCGUUCCACUCCCUCUCAGUCUGGAGAGCCCUUCUGCGAUUCAUAACACAAGAACAAGAUCUAUUUCCCCUGUUUUUCGCCGAUGCUUUUCCGAUCCUUACACUGCUCCUUCGGCCGCCGGCGUUGGAGCUCCGGUGACUCCGAAUCCUUCGCCGGAGAAUAGUACCUUGGCCUCCCGUUUGCCUCCAAGGCCUCCGAAUCUGAAGCGGUGCGUUUCCGAUCCUAGUCCUUCCGCUAAAACGGCCUGUCAGGAGUCAAGUUUGGAGGAUACGGGAAUGGGAAUGGAUUUGAGCAAGGAAGAGGAUUCGAAUUUAAUGAGAAUGAGAAGAAUGAAAGAUCGGUUGAGAGAGAUGAAGAAAUGGUGGGAUGAGGUUAUACAGGAGGAGGAGGAGCAAGUCGAUGAAGGCAAUAAAGCCGUGUCUGUCUCUCAAGUUGAUGAAGGCAAUAAAGCUGUGCCUGUCUCUCAGGAUGAUUCUGUAAUGGAAGAUGGUGCAGAAGAAACUGUGAGUGUAGAGUGGGUGGAGAAGAGCCUUUGCAUCAAUUUCAAGUGCCCUUGUGGUAAGGGAUACCAGAUCCUUCUCUCAGGAAACAAAUGUUUCUACAAGCUUGUGUAAGAGAUGCAAGUGCAUGGAGAAAGUUGUCUUUGUUCAUAGGAUUAUUUUCUGGCCAGUGUUCAUAUAUAGGAUCGUACAGCUUUCCAAGUUUCUAUCACUUUCCAUUGAAACUGUUAGGGACUGAUGAAUGAGACUGCUCUGUGUCUAAAGUUGUGUAAAAUCACAGUGGAUGUUGUAUCAAUAGAGUUCUGAGUUUUGACAUCUGUAAUGGAUAUUCAAAUGAGGUGAAUACUAAUGAUAGUUUCUCA